UCCGCCGCCUUCAUCAUCAUCUUCAUCAUCCUCUGCCGUCUGUCUGGCUGGCUCUCCCCUCCCUCCUCCUCCUCCUCCUCCUCCUCCCCCUCCUCCUCCUCCUCCUCCUCUUCUCCGCCAGUGAAGGCAUGGCCACACAUCACACCGACAAAAGAGAGAGAGCGCGGUAGAGAGAGGAGAGUCUGCAGACGGAGGAGGAAGAGGAGGAAGAGGAGGCAGACGCCGAGCCGAGGCUCCAGCUCCGCCAUUUCAAUGGAGGCGAAUUCAGGUGAAAAACGCCAUCGAACACGAUCCAAAGGAGUCCGAGCUCCUUUGGAAGCGGCGGCUCAGGAGUUGUUCAGUUGUCCUACACCUGGAUGCGACGGUAGCGGUCACGUCAGUGGGAAAUACGCCCGACACCGCAGUGUGUAUGGGUGUCCACUGGCCAAGAAGAGGAAAGCUCUGGAAAAACAGCCACUGGAACCAGCAGCAAAGAGGAGGCCCUUCCUCACCUCCUGCCCCGGGGAGGAGGAGGAGGAAGAUGGAGGCCCUUAUGCCACCUACCAGAACGAAGCCAUGGAUGUGGGGGAGGAAGGGAGGGAGGUAGGGGAGGAGGAGGAGGAAGAGGAGGAGGAGGAGAGGGAAGAGGACGAGGAGGUGGACGACGAGUUCUCGGAGGAUAACCAGGGCGAAGAGGAGGAGGAGGUGGAGGUGCAGAGGGCGGGGACGACAAUGGGGGAGGAGCCGGUGGAGGAGGAGGAGGAGGAGGAAGAGGAAGAUGAGGAGGAGGAGGAGCAGGAGGAUGAGGGAGAGGAAGAGGAGGAGGAGGAAGAGGAGGAGGAGGAGCCCAGUCCUCAGGGGGACAACCAUUACAAACCCGCUGGACAAUCAAAGCUGCUUUCAGUCCACAAAGACAACAACAACAACAGCUGCGCCGUCGGUCCUCCCAACGGCACCGGGGACGACUACGACAACUACGAUGAGCUGGUCGCCAAGUCACUGCUGAACCUGGGCAAGAUCGCAGAGGACGCCGCCUACCAGGCCACGACCGAGUCUGAGAUGAACAGCAACUCGUCCAACAGCGGGGAGGACGAAGACGAGGACGAGGAGGACGGCGGCGAGCGGGGCGACCGGAAGGCAGAGCUGAGCGUGGACCUGGACAGCGACGUGGUCCGAGAGACGGUGGACUCUUUGAAGCUGCUGGCGCAGGGUCACGGCGCCGUGCUGCCUGAGGACGGUUACCCAGAGGGCGCUGUGGCGGAGGACGGAGGACAUGCCAACAGGCAUCCCCUGGUCCGAGUCCAGGCCCAGGACAGCGAGGAGGUCUGUCUGAGCAGCCUGGAAUGUCUCCGGAACCAGUGCUUCGACCUGGCCCGAAAGCUGAGCGAGACACAACCGUCCGAUCGACCCGUCCUGCAUGGCAUCCACCACCAGAUCCAGAACCAGAUCCAGAACCAGAGUGACCAGCAGCUGACGCACCACCUGAGCAGGUACGACAGCUGCCACCAGGGGGUGUUAGAGGGGGCGCGGCCUCCGGAGCGCAGCUACUCCGACAUGGUGAACCUGAUGAAGCUGGAGGAGCAGUUGAGUCCGGCGUCCAGAGGGUACCUGUCCGGGUACGGACAGGAGGCCGACGAGGACACCACGUCGGUGGCGUCUGACCGCUCCGACGAGACCUUCGACAUGUCCAAGGGAAACCUGUCGCUGCUGGAGAAGGCCAUCGCUCUGGAGUCAGAGAGGGCAAAGGUCAUGAGGGACCGCAUGGCCUCGGAGCCUGCGCCAGCCCGCCGGGACCACCACCACCACCACCGCCACGGCGAGCACAGCCCGAGGCAGAGCAGCGGGGCCGAGGAGCGCCGGACCAAGAUGCACCAGGACGGGCUGAAGAGGGCCUACUACCCUAAAGACUCGUCCCGAGGGGAGAAGAAGGAGAGUAAAUGUCCAACGCCAGGCUGUGACGGGACAGGUCAUGUGACCGGCCUGUACCCCCACCACCGCAGCCUGUCCGGGUGUCCUCACAAAGACCGGGUCCCGCCGGAGAUCCUUGCGAUGUAUGAAAAUGUUUUAAAGUGCCCUACUCCUGGCUGCUCUGGACGGGGUCAUGUCAAUAGCAACAGGAACUCGCAUCGCAGUUUGUCGGGUUGUCCCAUCGCCGCUGCAGAAAAGAUAGCCAAGGUUCAUGAAAAGAGCCACUCGACCGACACCGGCAGUAAAACCAACCAGACGUCCGACCGCGUCCUCAGGCCCAUGUGUUUCGUCAAGCAGCUGGAGAUUCCUCAGUACGGCUACAAAAACAACGUCCCCACCAGCACCCCAAGGUCCAACCUGGCCAAGGAGUUGGAGAAGUACUCCAAGACCAGCUACGACUACGGCGGCUACGACGGCCAGCACGGAGGCUACGGGAAGAGAGGCCCAGCCACCAAGACUCACCACGGACGAGACCCCUCCCCCAAGGGGUAUGACGUCAAGCGUUUCUGUAAGACAUCCAGCCCCGCCAGCAGUACGACCAGCAGCUAUGCCCCAAGCAGCAGCAGCAGCCUGAGCUGUGGGGGGGGGGGAGCCAGCGGAGGGGGCAGGGGCGGGGGCAGCAGCGCCAGCAGCACCUGCAGCAAGAGCAGCUUCGACUACACCCACGACAUGGAGGCGGCCCACAUGGCGGCCACCGCCAUCCUCAACCUGUCCACCAGGUGUAGGGAGCUGCCCCACCCCCUGGGGGGGAAGCCCCAGGACCUGCUGACCCAGAGUCCGGUCGGAGACCUAGACGACACCGGGCCGACGGACGCGGCGGCUCAGCCCGGGGGUCCGGAGGGCAGCGGGACAGUCCUGACCCCCCUCCAGCCCAUGUCCCCCCAGCGCCAGGCCCUGCUCAGCAGCCGCUGUUACCAGCUGGGAGACGCCGACUGCUGGGACCUGCCGGUGGACUACGUCAAGAUGAAAGGGAUGGAGGAGGAGGAGGAGCACAAGGAGUCUGCUUAUUUUUUGCACCAGAGCGAUGACCUGGACCCCUUCCACGACCUACUGGAUGAGCAGCGGUACCCGGCCGAGGUGGCGGUGCCCAGCCCCAAACACAAGUACCCGGCCUGCAAGGAGGGCAAAAAGGAGCUGGUCACGUUGUCAAGUUGUCAACUAGCCGAUAAAAACAUGCGUGGGAUAAUUUCAGCCAACUCCCAGGAGCUGAGGUGUCCGACUCCGGGCUGCGAUGGAUCAGGACACAUCACCGGAAACUACGCCUCCCACAGGAGUCUGUCCGGAUGUCCACGGGCCAAAAAGAGCGGCAUCAAAAUCCUGCACAGCAAAGAGGACAAAGACGACCAGGAGCCAAUCAAGUGUCCUGUCCCCGGCUGUGAUGGACAGGGUCAUGUGACGGGGAAGUACGCCUCCCACCGCAGUGCAUCGGGCUGCCCCCUGGCAGCCAAGAGGCAGAAGGACAGCUACGUCAACGGCUCCCAGUUCGUCUGGAAAUCGGGGAAAACGGACGGGAUGACAUGUCCGACUCCGGGCUGUGACGGGUCGGGACACGUCAGCGGGAGCUUCCUAACACAUCGCAGUCUGUCCGGUUGUCCUCGGGCCACUUCGGCCAUGAAGAAGGCCCGGAUGAGCGGCGUGGAGAUGCUGUCAAUCAAGCAGAGAGCGAGUAAAGGGAUCGAAAACGAUGAGGAAAUCAAACAGUUGGACGAAGAAAUCAAAGACCUGAACGAGUCCAACAACCAGGUGGAGUCGGACAUGAUCAAACUGAGGACACAGAUCACUACCAUGGAAACCAACCUGAAGUCCAUCGAGGAGGAGAACAAGGUGAUCGAGCAGCAGAACGACUCCCUCCUGCACGAACUGGCCAAUCUGAGCCAGUCGCUCAUCAACAGCCUAGCCAACAUCCAGCUUCCACACAUGAGACCACCGCCACAGAAAGAGACCCCAGUAAAGCAUAACUGCUGUUUACAGAUGCAUCCCAGAGAGCCCAUGAAUGAGCAGAACUUUGACUCCUAUGUCAGUACUCUGACAGACAUGUACACCCACCAGGACCAGUACCAGAGUCCAGAGAACAAGGCUCUGCUGGAGAACAUCCGACAGGCCGUCCAGGGGAUCCAGGUCUGGCUCGCAGCUUUGAGGGAAACCGACAAACAGGACUCGACGGAUCUCCACAUGAUCUGUGAAGACCACUUCCUGCCGGAGGACGUCUCCACUGCCGGUGUCAACAGCGACGCCAUUCCCAUCAUGCCCCCGUACCUGGACGGGCCCCUGGGCCUGACCGGCGCCUGGGGGGCGGAGUCAUCUGAGGAGCAGGACCAGUGGGCCCCUGGGGGCUGUGAUGAAGACGAAGAUGAUGGAGGACAAGCUGAUGCUGCGGAGCCUCCGUCGACGACUCCACAGGCCGUAGCUGAAGUCCGUCCACAGGAUCCAGUACAAACUUCAGAAAAUCCUCUAGAGGCCGACAAGUCCAGCGGAACGCAGCAGAAAGCCUGGAUCCAGCCCCGAGGCCAUUACCGACACGAGGUGUCCCUGGCGGUGCUGACUCGCCGGUUCCUGGAGCUGCUGCUGGCGGCGCCCGAUCGGACUCUGGACCUUCGACAGGUGGUCACCAGCUUGAAGACCCGCAAGCGUCGAAUCUACGACAUCACCAACGUCCUAGACGGCAUCAACCUCAUCCAGAAGGAGUCGGCCAACAGGAUCGGGUGGAUAGGGAAGUGUCCCAUCUCGUCUCUCCUGUGGACGAACCAGCAGAAGUUUCAGACGGAGCUGGACAACCUGAAGCUGGUGGAGGACACGUUGGACGGCCUCAUCAAAAGCUGUGCUCAGCAGCUCUUUGACAUGACGGAUGACGUGGAAAACGCUGCGUUGGCAUAUGUGACUCAUAACGACGUCCGGCGACUCAGAACCUUCCAGGAGCAGACGGUUAUCGCUGUCAAAGCGCCAGAGGAAACAAAGCUGGAGGUUCCUGCACCUACAGAGGACAGUAUCCAGAUCCACCUGAAGGCGGGGAAGGGUCCCAUCAUGGUCCUGACCUGUGAGGUGGGCUCAGGCCACGCCCUCGUGACCUCUGAGCCUGUAGAGAAGAGCGGCCUGUUUGUAACGCUGUCGGAGAGUCGGAUCAAGACCAGCACAGCGUCUUCAGAUCUAUUCAGUGGCGUCAGCUCCUAGUCGACCGGCAGGGGGCGGAGCUUCACAUCCUGUCUAAUCCAUCGGACCGACAUCAUGGAUCCAAUGAGGUGCAACACAAGCACCAAGAGCAUCAUGGGAAACAGACACUACAUUCAUCUGAACAGUCCAGGUGAGAUGAUGCAGAGCAGUGGGACGUCCCAGGGCCUCAGAGCUUCUACGAACAUGUGCUCACCUUCGUUUGGUGGACAGGACUGGACUGCUUCUCUGGGUUUUCUUAUGUUUUGGAUAUUUUUUUUCUCCUUUGUUCAAAUUCAAAGAUGCUUGUAUCAAUAAAACCUUAUUUUCUACUUCGC